UGGUAUUUGUCUAUGAUGGAGGGAGAGAUCUGGGCAAAAUUAAAAGGAGAAAAUAAUUCCAGGGUGCGGACUAAGGUGCGGUGCUUCAUUUUGGAUGUAAACAGCUACGAUUACGAACCUCGCUCCGCUCAACCUCUUCCUCCACCCUCACCCUCACCACCUCCUUCCCUCACAUCACGUCCACUUAGCGAUGGCGGUCUCAUGAUUUGGCAGCAACACGCGAGUUCCCUCCCCUUGCUCGCGCUCGCGGCACCAGACGUCGCUGCGGCUGGCCUUCCUCCGGCCACCAGUGGCGCCGCCACCUACGCUAUCCCACCCCACCCACUGCACCCCAUCCCACCCAUCAUCUUUUUCUGGACGAAAUUCAGCGCCGGCUUCCGCACAAGGCUCAAAGGAGGAGAUAACCCCAAGUGCGACGAUCUAAGAUCGAACACAGUUAAGGAAAAAGCUUUAACCAUCAAACAAGAAAGUGCAUCUACCGUGAUGGGGCAAACCAGGUGGUUCGUGCUAUCAGUCUCACUGGCUCUGUCCAUCUCUCUCUUGACGACAGUCGUCGACGGUGCUUGCAUGACCCGCUCGCUGACCAUUAACCCUUCACCGGGCGGAAAUGAAAAAGAAAGCAUGGGAGUGUUCUGUCAGUAUGGGGAGGAGAGAAAGAGACUUUUCACAGCAUGGGUUGACCUGAAAUCCUGCGUCUUCUGCUCCUGUUCUCCCAGUGGGAUGCGCUGCUGCACCUUGGCCAUGAGAGAUGCUUCCGCAGCCUGCCAGACCUCCGUGUGACCACGUGACCACGUACAGCAGCAGUCAACGUCCUCACGUCCGCUACGGCGCUAGUACAGGAAGGCAUGCGCAUGCGCGUGGAUAGAUUUAGAUCUAUCAGUAGAUAGGCAGUACGACCGCUGUCCAAUCAGCAUGUUUCUGUGCAUAUAAACAACAUACAAAAACAACUGCGUGUGUUGUGAUAGGGAGUAGCAUUACGAUUUGAUUUGUUGAUUGUCGGGAAGGCUUUUGUUCGGUCGUCACCAUGUGAAGGUACUUAGAACCCCAAAAAAUAAAUCCAAAACGAGUGCAAAAUAAUGUUUUUAAGUUUGAUAAAAUUAAGCAUCAGAAGGUUGAAUUUUAUGCACAAAUCAAAUUUUUUUAAAAGUUUGACAACAUUAAGAAUCGGAAGAUUAUUUUUGAAGUUAUGAUUAGUGGUACGAAAGACCUCACAAAAAGAAUUAAGGAAAAAAAAAAAAGAAGAUAGAUAUGAAGAAAGAAAAGAAAAAUAAUACAGUUAGGCAUCCGAUCCACUGAAACAAUGGUAGGAUGCUUUAAACAGAAAACUUCCUUUGCUGUAAGAUUUCAAAAACUGAUUUUAAAAUGAGAGACACUGUCAGAAAAAAAAAUGUGAACGAAGUGUAGUGUAAACGUGCAGCUGACAAACAUCAAGGAUAAGUGCACAUAUAUCUCCCCCGACUUACUACCAACAUAUGUAAAUAACAGUUAAUCAUUCCUUAAUAAGCAAUAAAUGAAUGACCAAAUAAAAAGUAAAUAAAUAAGAUAUUUUCAUGCUUGCAAUCAUCUCCGUUAGUAUCGGAAGACACGUGACCUGCGGGUGAAGGGUAUGGGUGGAGGGAUGGAUGGGCAGAUGCCUGUAUGCAAGAGAAAAAGGAAAGAGAGUGAGAGAGGAGGGAGAAGGAGAUAAAUCAAACCAGAUGGAAUCAAACUACCCACGAUGACUCCCUUCCGUGCAGAUGAGGAUGGAGUAAUGAGAGUAGUCUCCCCACCGCACCUUCACCAUGAAGCUUCCUCACGACACAUGCACAUCAUGCUCGCAGUACAGACCGGUCACGAGCUCCUACCCAGCCCCUACCAUCCCCCCCACCACCAUGCAGAUAAUGGCAGGGUCAUUACUGGCAAUGAUAAUGAAUACCGUUGUCUUCUGUUUCCCCAAUCUCUGCCUGGCGUGACACAAAACUCGGUUCUGAACCAUUCCUGUCUGUUAGAAAAACUGUGUUUGUCCAUGUAUUACCUUGAAAUAUCCCGAAAACAACCAUCUUGCAGUAUCGUAGAUUAUAUGAGGUUUAUAUUAUAUUUAAAUUAUAUUAUGUAAACUUCGUUUUGAUUUUGUCGUCCCUACAUCCUGCUCAAGAUUUUUUUCACCACUGACUGUUUCGUGUGUUUAGCCUUUCGAACAAGAAUAAAGCAUUCGAUGAAAAAA